CUUUGUUAAAGAAUUUGAAUGCAAGCUGCCAACGAUAUGAUCCAUAGAGUCCAAGAGAAGGAACAUGAAGAAAGGAAGCUUCAGACUGACAAGCUAAUUGUUGGUGAAGAGAAACGCAUAGCCCACUGGGAGACAUUCGUGAAAGAACAACAGAACAAACGAGCAGAGGUGGACGAAGAGCACAGAAAAGCUAUGCAGCGCCUCAAAGAGCAGUAUGCUGACAUGGAGAAGGAACUGGCCAAAUACGUUUCUUUUUAAGACUUUCCUUUCUUAGUAAUUCUGUUUAUGUGCCAAUACCCAGUUGCUUCAGACUUAUCAAAUUGAGAUUCUUUUGGAAAGCUGAAACAAGUAAGAAAAAGAGAAAAUUUCCUCUGCAAGUUUGGUAUGAGAAGAAAAGUUUUGCAUACUUUCAACUAAGUGCCUCUCCAUACUUGUUUUGUUCAGGGUCAGUGGAGUGCCGGUAUUUCUCAGUUUGUUGGAAGGUGGAACUGGAAAUUGCAUUGUGUGACUAGAUCAGCUCAUGGAAUCGCAAACUAGAAUUCCCUGCCUUGCGCAGACAGUAUCAUAUCAUUAGGGAAAAUAGAGCCUAAUGUAAUGUUAAGUAUCCCAGUAUGCAAUCACAUCCCUUUCCCCAAAAGUACAUGUAAUAGGGACCAGCCAUAUUUAGCUGAGAAUUAACUGGGAAAACUAUAAAUCCCAUUCAUAGAUUUCGGGAAAACCAGCUUGUGCUACAGAAUAGAGUAGGUUUUGAAAAUUCAGUGAUGAAAGAUCUCAAUGUGGUUUUAAAUCCAGUUAUAAUGCCGGCUGUGGUGUUUGCAUCUUAAGUAUUAUGAAGUAGAGUUGAGAUUUAAAUGAUUCUUGCUAACAUACUAAUAAAAGUUGGUAACUGAUCUUGGACAACAAAUCCUUUUCUCUCCCUGUAAGUGUCUCAGACCUAUCUUUUUCAGCAUUACUGUUUUAAGCAAAGCCAAAACAAGUUCAGAGGUAAUUGUGAGAAGCAUAUUGCAUUACAUUUUUAGCUAGCAUGGUAUUUACCUUAAAUAUUUGGCAUGGUUUACUGUUGGUUUACUUAGCAGAUAAACUUGUCAGAAUUUACGUUAAUCUAUAAAACAAUUGAGGAAAGGUUUUUGUUUCUUUAUCAGUGUAACAAUUGAGCAGAUUAAUGAUAAAACAUCUGUAGUACCAAUCUCUUUUCUUACUAACUGCUGUGGAGCAUGUGAAGCUCCUGUCCCUGCUUUCCUUGCAUUUAGCAACAAUAUAACUGAAGAAAUUAAGUUAAUCCAUUCGUUAACCAAGCAAAAUGAGACAUAGUAACUUAAUGAAAUUUGCUGCAAGCUAACCCACAAUACAGGAAAUAUCUUUCCAUAUUUUAACUGCUAUGCAAUAUAGAAUGGAAACAGGUAAAAAUAAACAGAAUUUGCCCUGUGCUGGUAUCACAGCAGCAAUAUGCCAACAAUGGUUACUUGUGUAAGUUUAUGGCUUGGUGUCAAGGCUCCAUUCCUGGCAGCAUGUUGAUAGUGUGAUUAAACUUAGUAGUGGAGAUGGAAUAAGUAUUUGAGAUUUCUUUCAAUAACACUGAAUUCUUGCCAAGCUGCUCUGUCUGCUACUGUAGGCCGACAGCUUCAUCAAUCAUCCUCAUGUAUCUGGACUGAAAAGAGGACUUGCCGACACCGGAGCAUGCUGGAAUGUUGUUAAUUCUCUGUUGUGGAUGGAAAAAAUGUACAUGUCUCAAAAGUAUCCCACACAUGAAAAAUAGGAAAGCCUCUUUCAGAACAACUCUUAUUUAAAUAAGAGGGUGACUUCUAUAAUAUUUUUCAGCUUAUGCAGUCCCUGAUGAAUGUUAUAACUCAGCUCAGGCUUUCACUUAUGAAGAAAAGGUUAGUUCUUGUUAGGAUUUGAGUCUGAAGUAGUUUCUGAUUGUUUUGAGGACAAACUGAAAAUGAUUUUUCUCUUACAAAAUGUUUAUGUUCUCAAAGCCCAGAUAUCUUUAUAACAAAAUGCAUCUAACUAUAUUCUGAAGGCAUUUUAUUUUUGCACUGAUAAUUUUUUAUUAAAAUUUAGAGAUCUCAUUAACUGUGCACUGGAGCUGUAGAUUUUAGUAUUCCUCCAGUUUGAGGGGUCUUAAGCAAUGAUACAGAUCUCGCAAGCUGAAUGUCCACUGGAAAAUAAAGAGAUAUUUCCGAAGA